GCCUCCUCUCUCCUCUCCUCUACAAUCCACGGCCAGGGAGAGAGAGCCGAGUCACCGCCUCUGCUUCAUCUUCAUCUUCUUCUUCAUCUUCUUCUUCAUCUUCACAGCUCAAUCUGGAAACUUAUACGUCUCAUUUUCAUCUUAAUUUGUCACUUUGGAUGAACUUUCUCUCGGCCUUCAGCAGCAGCAGCAGCACUGGUUUGUUGGAUAAUUUAUCUCUUACAAGAACGUUUCUAGACUUCUUUUGGUUAUUGCUUCUCGCUUCCCGCUUCCGAUUGCGACUUUAUCUUGGAAAUACGGGGCUUUGGAUAGUAGUAGAAGUUUGAGAGAUGGGGAACACAAUGGGAGGGGUCUGUUCCAACGGAAUUGCUAAGGAUGAUUUCGUGUUGGAGAAGAAAACGGAAAUAUCUGAUCAGGAUCGGAAGGGGAAUUCCUGUUUGAUUUCUGAGGCAACUGACCCGGAUUAUUUGCCGCAGAAGUCUCGUUCUGGUGUGAUACUAUUGCCCUCACCUCCGUCUAAGACAGGAAGCAACAAGGUUGCACCAAUGAACCCACAAGGAGGGGCGCGUGGGAGGGCAGUUGAGUUAUUUAAAACAAUUGGAAAUAGUGUGUCAAAUUUGCACACGAACACAGGGUUUUUUACAGGCACGGCUUCAAAUGGUAGGGAGAUUUCUAUAUUGGCUUUUGAAGUAGCCAAUACAAUCAGCAAACUAGCAAAUUUGUCACAAUCUCUCUCGGAAGAAAGCAUCCAGUUCCUCAAAAAAGAACUUCCGCAAUCCGAAGGGAUAAAACAAUUGGUCUCAACAAAUAUGGAAGAAUUGCUAAGCAUUGCAGCUGCUGACAAAAGGCAGGAAUUUGAUGCUCUUUUACGGGAGGUAAUACGUUUUGGAAAGCAGUGCAAGGAUCCGCAGUGGCACAAUCUGGAUCAAUACUUCUCAAGACUAGAUUUGAAUGAUUCGAGUCAAAAACAAGCUCGAGAAGCCAGAGCAGCCUUGCAGGAAUUGACUGUUUUGGCUCAGUAUACUUCUGAAUUAUACCAUGAAUUACAAGCAUUGGAAAGGUUUGAGCAAGAUUAUAGGAGGAAGCUAGACGAAGUGGAGUACUUGAAUCAAGCAGGAAUAGGAGAAAGUCUCACAAUAUUCCAAGGGGAAUUAAACGUACAAAGAAAGCUUGUAAGGAGCCUACAAAGCAAGUGUCUUUGGUCCAGAAACUUGGACGAGAUUGUGGGAAAGCUCGUCAACAUUGUCACUUGGAUAUUUCAAACGAUAGCCAAAGCAUUUGGUGACAACAGCUCAGGUAGACCAUCGCUUAUUGUGGACAGAAGUAGUGGUCAGAAACUGGGCUCAGUUGGUCUUGCUUUACAUUAUGCAAACAUAAUCAAUCAGAUAAACCUCAUUGCCUGUCGCCCAACAUCCAUUCCAUCGAGUAUGAGGGAUGCAUUAUACCGGGCAUUGCCUACAAGUGUUAAAGCAGAUCUGCGCUCUCGAUUACAGGCUGUAGAUGCCAGUGAGGAGCCAACUUAUCUUAGUGUGAAAGCUGAAAUGGAUAGGACGCUCCAAUGGCUUGUUCCAAUUGCCGCAAAUACAAGCAAAGCACAUCAAGCUUGUGGACGGAUUGGAGAAUGGGCAAGCCAAAGUAAGGAACAGAGCAGAGGCAGAGCCAAACAAAACAACCUGAUCCGCCUUCAAACGCUGUACCACGCAGACAAAGAGAAGACAGAGCAAUUCAUCCUGGAGCUGGUCACAUCGCUCCACCGCAUCAUCCAUUUAGCCAAACAACAGCAGCAACGCUUCACAUCUCUCCGCUGCCGAUCUCCAACCCCCAAAGAUCUGGCAAAGCCUCAGCGUCGGAUCCAAUUCAGGAGCCACAUCAUUGGAACCGCUUCAGCUUCAGCAGAGAACCAAACUCCGAUCAGAAAGAGGGACCCUGGAAACAACAGAGGUAUGGAAACCUCUAAAAACGAGAAUAGAGAUAGUAAGGGAAUUUGGACUUUGGGGACCUGGAGUAGUUCUCUGAGUAAAGAGGGCUAAUCUGGAAGCAAAGAAAGGAGAAAAGAUGAUGUAUUACUAUUAGUGUAGAUAAGAUAAUAUCAUUUUUGAGUGCCCCCACAUUUAUACUAGGGAAUUUUUUAGAUUUAUUUUCGCAUAAUUUUUACAUGUAAAAUUUCUCUCAUAAAUCUACUCAAAUUCCUUUGUAUA